AUGAUGUAUUCAUUGAUUUUUUUUUUGUCUUUAAAUUACAUUAGAUUCUCCUAUAUUGCAAUAUGUUGCCUUGCAUUGGUGCAUCAGUUGAAUAAAAUUAAUGUUGAGAAGGCUGUGAAGUAUAUAGUUAGUUGCAAAAACCUGGAUGGUGGAUUUGGAUGUACACCGGGUGGAGAGUCUCAUGUUGGGCAAAUUUUCUGUUGUGUGGGAGCUCUUGCUAUUACAGGGUCUCUGCAUAAUAUCGACAAAGACCUUCUCGGGUGGUGGUUGUGUGAGCGGCAAGUCAAAUCUGGAGGUCUUAAUGGGCGCCCAGAGAAACUUCCAGAUGUCUGCUAUUCAUGGUGGGUCCUUUCUAGCCUGAUCAUGAUUGACAGAGUACAUUGGAUUAACAAGGAAAAACUUGUGAAGUUCAUCUUAGACUGCCAGGAUGUAGAAAAUGGAGGAAUUUCAUAUAGACCAGAUGAUGCAGUUGAUGUCUACCACACAUACUUUGGUGUAGCUGGUAAAAUUACUUGAGUUCUUUCAUUUUCU